AUGUAUUACACUCCAUCUAGACCAGGUGAGAAUGAUAAAUUUCCAACUCGUCAUUAAAAACCUCCAGGUUAGAAUCCUUAGUAUCUUCAAAAAUUACCAGAAGAUCCUCGUAGAGUUGAUGAUUAUCAUGGACAUCCUUAAGAACGUCCACCACCUCAAUAAAAACCUAUGUAUUAGGAAUAAGGUCCAGAAAGAGGUCCAAUACCUCAAAGACCUUAAGAUCGACCCCUUCCUCCAUAUGGUAAGAUGCCUAAAGGAUUUGAACGACCUCCUCCUGGUUUCAAUCCUCAGUUCCCUCCUCCUCCACCUCCUGAUAGAUAUAAUCAUGGUCCAUAUGAGCCAGGCUAUCCUGAUGAUAGAUAUUAUAGACCAAUAUCUGCUCCAUAUGGUAGUCCAUAUGGUCCAAGGUAAUAACCAUAUGGAGAACCAUCUCCUUAAGGUUUGAGAGGACCUACAAGAGCAUAUGAUCCAAGAAGAAUAGGACCACCUCAAGAUUUUAGAGGACCUCCACCUCCACCUGAUUAUAGAGGUUUGCCUCCACCUGAUUUCAGAGAUGUUCCUCCUGAAUUUAGAGGAAUUCCUCCACCAGAAUAUCGAAGAACACCACCUCUUAGCUAUUAAGGACCUGAAUAUAGAAGAGGAAUACCAGAACCAAUGGGAUAUCGAGGUGAUUAUAAUAGAGAUGUUGCAUCAAGAGGUGGACCACCACCAGAAUAUAGAGGUGGACCACCACCAGAUUAUAGAGGUGGACCUCCUCAUGAUUAUAGAGGUUUACCUCCUCAAGAAUUUAGAGGUGGGCCAGCUCCUGAUUUCAGGAAACCACCUCCUCAUGAUUAUAGAGGUAUGCCUAACCCACCUCCUGAAUAUAGAGGAAUGCCUCCUACUAAUUAUAGAGGUCCUCCUCCUCCACCUGAUUAUGGUAGAGGUAUAGAUCCAAGAGGAUUGCCUCCUUAAGAAAUGAGAGGAUUACCUCCAGGUGAAUAUAGAAGAGCUCCUGGAUAUCCUUAAAGAGGAGCACCUUCAAAUGAAUUCUAUAGAGGAGAUUAUCCUCCUUAAUAUCAAAGAGGUGGAGAUCAAGGAUACAGAGGAGGACCUGGUGGAAGGGAAUUUGAACCAAGACGACCUUUAUCACCUUAAGCUUAAAGAAGGGAUCAUGGAUACAAUUAAUUUAGUUCACCAUAAUAAAGAAUUAAGCAAGCUUGA